CAAAAUUGAGGAUGAUUUAUUUCGGAAUUUCCAUUUCAAAUUAGUUUUGUUUGUUUUUAAAAUUGUGUUUUAUCAAUAAAAUACACAAUUUUUUGUUGCUAUUUUUAACCAGUAGUUUAGUGCGCUCAGAUUUUCGUUCGUGCCUGUAAUAGCUACUGCUCCAUGUCAUUCAAAUACUUUCGGAGGCUACGAGUUUUCUUCUCAUCGACUGUUUUGCCGAAACAAAAUUGGUCACAAACUUCCGGUCGCAGUUAUUGUGUUGCUGAAUCAGAAAAAAUGGACGCUGUGAAGACUAUGAAGGAUUUGGGAUAUGCUUUCAAUACCGAAGGACAACUGCGAAAAAUAGGAGUUGAUGGCCAAAUAACUGAGGAACCAUUCCAGUUUAAUGUCAGUAAUCAACACCAGGAGUGUCAAGCACAUUACGAAGAGCUUGGCAAUGCGGUCACAGAAUAUGUGUAUCACUUAAUGGAAGCUGAACAGAAUCUAACAAGGCUGCCGGUACCGAAAGACUCCAGUAAAGGCACCUUCAUCUUUGUUUCUAAAGAUUAUGAUCAGAAAGACGUGUUGGUAAUUUUAAUUCAUGGGUCUGGUGCGGUCCGGGCUGGUCAGUGGGCAAGAUCACUUAUAAUCAACGAUAACUUAGACAUGGGAACACAGAUACCAUACAUCAAGAAAGCCCUACAAAAGGGCUACGGAGUAAUGGUACUAAAUCCUAACGAUAACUGCCAAAACAAUGGCAAGAAAAUACCAAACAGUAGUUCAGGCGAAGAACACACUAGUUACGUAUGGAAUACUUACGUAAAGAAUACCAAAGCAACGUCAAUAGCUAUCGUAGCUCAUAGUUACGGUGGCGUACUCACGGUAACGUUGGCAGAUCAGUUGAAAGACGAAUUUGAGCAAAGGGUCAAAGUCAUAGCCUUUACUGACUCUGUACAUGUGUAUUCUAAUAUAAAGAUUACGAAACAUAUGCAAGAGGCAGCAAGAAACUGGAUAUCUAGUCAGUCACCUUUAGAUACUCCUAUGAAAACUCCAGACUAUGAUAUACCCAGGGUUUCAGCAGGUCAUCAAAAACAUGAGAUGACCUCAUAUUCCUGCAUGGAGUCAGUGUUCAAGUUUAUUGAAGAAAAAGUGACGAAAUAGUACUUGUAUCAUUGUGAUUGUUGUUGUUAUAUGUAUAAGAGGACGUUUGAAAAAUGUAUCAUCAAUAAAAAUAAGAAUAUACAGUCUUUUA